AGUAAAAAAUACAAUAAGCCAAAAAAAAAGGGGUAAGAAAAAUUCAAAGCGAGGUUCUCGGGAACCAAUCUGGAAGGAGAGGGAGAGGGUGCAGAGAAGGAGGAGAGAGAAGAGUUAGCGAAGACGAUGGCGAUGUUAGAGAUGAACAUUAUUGGGCUAUUCAUGGUUCUUAUGUUGCUUCUCAUCUCCCUCAUCAUCCUUUUCGCCUGCAAGCCAUGGCGCUACCUUUCUCGUUUCCGAUCCUCUCGUUUUUCUUCUACCUUCAAGGUGGGGGAUUUGCAAAGACCCCUUAUAUCUGAUGAUAGAAAUCUGAUCCAAGGCCAAACCAGUGACGUUACAAGGGAAUAUGAUUUAGAGGGAGCUUGCUACCAGAAUGACGGCCUUUUGCAUUCAUCUCUGACCGAGGGACGGGUUUACAAACAAAGGCUUCCUUCUUCAUCUCCCCAUUUCACCCAAGGUGAAAGCUUUGUUCUAGAUGUAAUUUCUGAACCUUCUGACAAUGCUUUGGUGGGCCAAACGCUAAAACCUCCAGCUGAAAAAGGUACCUUGGCAGAAGUGCAAACGUAUGACUCGCAGGAUAACAUAAGUCAAUAUCUGCAAAAUGAUCUGGAAAAGGACAGACGUACUGAUCUUUUUCCGAAACUCAUCAAAGAUCAAAGAAGUUGGCUGUUCCUGGAGGUCAUUGCGGGUCCUGCCAUUGGGCUUCAACAUGCUGUGCACUCCACAAGUACCUCCAAGCUGCCAGUGAAACUUGGAAGGAUUUCUCCAGCUGAUUUGGUUUUGGAGGAUUCAGAAGUUUCAGGGAAACAUGCACAAAUAACUUGGAACUCUACUAAAUUGAAAUGGGAACUGGUGGAUAUGGGUAGCCUAAAUGGAACUCUCGUAAACUCGCAGUCAGUAAGUCAUCACGAUUUAGGCAACCGGAAGUGGGGUAACCCUGUCGAGCUUGCAAGUGAAGAUAUAAUAACUAUGGGAACAACUACAAAGGUCCAUGUCCGUAUCUCGUCUCAGAAUGAGUUUCAGAUACCAUUUAAAAUUGGUGUGGCCUCAGAUCCCAUGGCUAUACGUCGAGGAGGCAGGAAACUUCCUAUGGAAGAUGUCAUUCAUUACAAGUGGCCGCUUCCUGGAGUGAAUAAGUUUGGGCUGUUUUGUGUUUGUGAUGGACAUGGGGGAGUAGGGGCUGCUCAAACCGCAAUCAAAAUUAUUCCUGAGGUUCUGGCGAAUAUUUUAUCAGACACACUGAGGAAGGAGAAAGUGUUAUCACAAAUGGAUGCUUCGGACGUCCUUAGGGACGUGCUUGCUAAAACAGAAGCUCGCAUGGAUGAUCACCAAUAUGAGGGUUGCACAGCUACUGUUCUCUUGGUUUGGAAAGACGGUAAAGGAAAUUUCUUCGCACAAUGUGCCAAUCUUGGGGAUUCAGCAUGUGUUAUCCAUCUUGAUGGCAGAUAUAUACAAAUGACUGAAGAUCAUCGAGUGAUUAGCCUGUCCGAGAGAAAAAGAUUCCAAGAGGCAGGACUAUCAUUGAGAGAUGGAGAGACUCGAAUCUUCGGUAUAAACCUUGCAAGGAUGCUUGGAGACAAAUUUCCAAAGGAGCAAGACAGCCGUUUCAGUGCAGAGCCAUACAUAAGCCAGCCUUUGCGUAUCGAUCCAUCUAGUAAAGAUGUGUUUGCUCUAUUGGCUAGUGAUGGGUUAUGGGAUGUGGUAAGUCCGAAGAAAGCUGUGCAGCUGGUGCUUCAGAUGAAAGAGAAAGAGAAAGAGAGAGGGGCAGAGAACAUUGCAGAGAAGAUAGCAAACGGUCUGCUGAAUGAAGCAAGAGCGAUGCGUACAAAGGACAACACCUCCAUUCUUUACUUAGAUUUCGAUACUUCCCUGUAGUGUUAGGAAGACCUCAAUGUAAUGUAUUUGGGAAGUGUCUUUAAUUUGUGUACAAUCUUUUGAUUUACAUUUGUUAGUAUUCCUAGGCUAUAUGAGAGAAAAGAAAAAAACCUCAGUUGCAGAGAGAGCUUUAGAAUGGGGAGGGGGGGUUAUUAGCAAGCGAUGUCCGUUUCGUCUAUUGCUUAUAUAGUAUUAAGAAUAUUUUUAUUAAA